AUGACAGAUAUAACCACCAUAUUUCAGGGGUCUACUCUGAUGAUGAUUAUCUUGGGGUUAGGCACUGGGUUUUUGCUGAAGUAUCGUUUUCCUAUAAGUAAAACAACAGAAAGGUUGAUUGAUAUGGUAGGAGAUGUGCUUCUAAACUUGCUCCAGAUGUUCGCUGUACCCCUCAUUGUGACCAGCGUGAUUUCAGGCGUAACUGCAUUAAACAGCAAAUUGUCUGGGAAAACAGCUUUCUACAUAAUAAUCUACGUUUGUGGCACUACCACUCUGGCUGUAAUUGUCGGACUGAUUCUAGUGCUCACGCUUGAGCCUGGUGGGGACACGAAAGCAGAAGAGUCCAAAUCGCAUAUCCCAGAAUACGCUAUGCAUUUCAUUUUCAUGGAUAUUAUUAGGAACAUGGUUCCAGAGAGCUUCGUUCAGGCCUUCUUCGAGCAUUACCAGACAGCGUUUGUUAAGGUCAGACAAGUAGACAAAACCAUCGUCUCUGGAUCAGGGCAAAAUGGCACACAGAUGCAAAUGAAGGGCCGUUAUGUUGAUGGAGCCAACAUGCUAGGAUUGAUCAUCUGGUCUUUCACCAUUGGCAUCUUGUUAAACAAGGUGGGACCCCGGGCAAAAGCCACUGUGAAGGCCGCUAGAGAAAUGAACGAUGUAAUAAAAAUCAUAUUCAAGUACAUCCUGUGGUACAUGCCCAUUGGAAUUUAUUUCUUGAUGAUAGGCCACGUGUUGGAGACUGAAGACUGGAAAUCUGUCAUUAAAGUUGGAAAGCUUAUAGUGGUGCUAUUUCUAGGGUUUGGAAUUCACUCCUUCGUCACUCUUCCCUUGAUUUACUUUGCUUUCACCAGAAAGAACCCUUUUCUGGUCUUCCGGCAUGUCAACAAGGCUUUGCUAAAUGCAGUUACCAUGGCAUCCAGCUCUGCCACUCUGCCUAUCACCCUUCAAUGCUGUGAAGAGAACAUGAAGGUCGAUGUGAGAUUCUGCCGUCUCAUGUUGCCCAUCGUCUCCACCAUCAACAUGAAUGGGAUGGCGAUCUACGAAGUGAUCGCUGCCGUCUUUGUUGCCGAGCUAUCUCAAAUGAACCUGGAUGCCGGCUAUAUAAUCUCCAUUGGUUUGACUAGUGCUGUUGCCAGCUUUGGAGCUGCAGGUGUCCCAAUGAUGGGACCUGCGAGCACCAUCAUGGUUCUGACUGCUGUGGGACUGCCAGCGAAGCAUGUCUCCAUUCUGAUGGUCUUUGAGUGGUUUGUAGACCAUUUCGCCACCCUGGUGAAUGUACUGGGUGACUGCUUUGGUGUAGGUCUCAUCAAUCAUCUGUGCCAGGAGGAGCUGAAAGACAUGGACAAUGACACAGGCAUUCGUUCCAUCAGUCAGCUUGAGUUGGACUUGUUAUGUUUGGAGCCUAAAGACAAGGCCAACCCCUCCCCCUCAUCCACCCCUUCAAGAUCCAUUUCACCUAAGUGAGGGGAUCAUCUCAGCACCAUAUUAACACCAACAAGCUGAAACCUCAGGAUUGGGACGUCAACAUCCUGUGUUGUCUGAGCUGAUCAUUUCCUCGUUUGCAUACAUUUCCAGUAGGAUGGUGCCAGUUUACUCAUUUGUAUUUAACUUCUCUAGUUUUUCAAUUUUUCAUAGCUUUUAAAUG